AUGUAAUAAAAUAAUCAUUUACAAAGGGAGUACUAAGAUUAAGAUAAUUUUUAACAAUUAUCAGAAAAUGAUGAAAACGAGCAAUUGGAAGAAGAAUAUUUUUCCUAAGACGAUGAAUUUAAUGAGGAUGAUUAGCAGUAGCAGUAUAUGUAAAGGAAGGAAGUAGAAUUGAAGAGAAGAUAUAAUUUGUAUGAUAUUUUGAAGCAGUAUAGAGAAGAAGGCGAGCAUUAGCCAGUUUCACGUUUAUUUUAUGCAGCAUAUUACAAUGAAGCAGCUCUUCAAUAGCAAAAUAUUGAAUUAGACUCAUACAUGCAAACAAAAAUUAACCAAAUAUAAGAUAAUCUCAAAGAGUAAUUUUAAGGCUACUUUUUGAUCAAAGGUUCAUUCUCCAUUCACCUUUUAGAAGCUGAAUCUAAUGCUCUAAAUGAAUUUGUUAAAGAAUUGCACAGCGACUAUCAUAAAGAAAAGUCUAUUUAUUAAAACAUCAAUAUCAUCGCUUUCACUGAAGAGAAUUCAAACAGAUUCUACAAUAAAUGGUACUGUGAUAAUAUUUACUAAGCAGGGCCUACUCUCUCAUAAGAAAUAGAUAAAUCUGAAAAGCAGGUGCAAGAUAGAAGUUGGGAAAUAUUUAAUCAAGUUUGUUAAGCGGGUUCUAAGUACUCAUAAAAAGGAUCAAAAAAAUAAUAAAAACUUGCAACUGAAAUAAAUAUUUCGACUGACGAUAUGUCUAUUUUGAUGUCUAAAUUUUUCACUCAUAUAGAUGACUAUUACAACCUGUAUCUUAGCGAUAUAGAAAUCCAAUUAGAUACUGAAUUGCAAUAUCCUUAUCAACCAUCUCUUAUUAGUAUAUUAGAAUUCUCUACUUUAGGCAAGUUAGGCAAGCUAGAUGCAUAUUGA